AUGUCCGAUAUCAACAUCACAAACGAACGACCAUCCUAUCAAGCCGUCUUCUCCCUCGAUGUCAUCACAGCAGCUGGAGCCCUGAUUCUCCUUGGUCUAGCAUCCGGACCUACGUUCAAGCGAAUCAAACAACGACGCUUUACUGCGCCAGGCAAAGAAAACAGUGCUCGUGAUGGCCCAUUAAAGACGACUUUGGGAACAUACCUCUUCCUCUGGCCAGCACUUCUUUGUCUCUUCGUCGCCUAUGUAUGUCGCUUCGUAUCCGAUCUCCUCAAGACGAGCGGAACGAUCGAUUACACUAGUGACCUCGGUUGGAAUGGCCGUCGAGCCUACAACCUCAUAGGGAGUGAAUAUUCUUCCAGUAUCUCGGCUCUUACCUUCACUACAACCCUCGCCACAAUCUUCUUCACUGUGCUGCUCAAUGGAGGUGUCUGGAUUCACUCCAGUCAUGUUCAGGAGAACGGCACCGGUAUUUCCACACCAAAGACCAUGUCGCGUAUCUGGAAUACUUUCAUCAUGAUUGCCAUGCUGGGUACCGGUGUUGCAGCUUGGGGCUUGGGUAUGGAAGCAAGGGAUAUCAGCACUGGUAGCUCCGGCCCAGAUGCACUGUCGUCUUGGUCAAAUGUUAUGAGCCAUGACCGUGCGACGAGGAUCACAUAUAUCGUACACGAGGCUAUUGUUGUCGCAGCUAGCAUGAGCGUCUCUAUCGAGGUACUGAGGGAGUAUGGGACAACGAACAAGAAUGCCCAUGGUUCACCCGAACGCCACGACCUCGCUCGUUUCGCUUUCGUCGUUGUGCCGCUUAUCUGGCUUCGCGACAUCUUCGUCAUCUACGACAUCAUACUUCUUUACGUUGACACCUCAGGGUGGUCAAACAAUGCUGUUCUGGCUACGACUUUCUUGCUUGUCAUCUGCAGGCAAUUCGCUAAUUUGGCCAUCCUGGGUAUGGUGCUUUGGGGUGCUUGGAGGAUGGGACGAAGUGUCAGUUUGUUUGGAGGAAGUUAUGCUUGA